AAGCCCAGCUCGAUGAUCUGCAAGGAGGGCAGCCGCGUGGACAUCGACUCCAAGGAGGGUGUGCAAUCGCAGCAGUCGGCAGCGCCCAUCAUGACCAGCUCGCUGCCGCCGAAUGGCUACAAUACGCUCCAGCAUCGUCGCAAAUCCCAAUUGAUCACGUUCAGCGCCAGCUCCAGCGACAUCAAGAACAGCCUCAGCCAUGAGCUGAUCACGGCCAGCGGCCGGCUGAGCUAUGCCGAGGAGCAGCAGCAGUCGGCGGCGCCUGCCACGCCCACUGCAUCGACUCCGACUGGUGAGCAGGAAGUCUAUAGCAGGCGUUCGCUCGAGAUGGGCGAGGAGCUCGCACUGCAGCUGGAGGAGGACGAGGAGGGCGAGGAGGAGGAGGAGGAGGAGGCGGAAGAGCAGGCCCAGGAGGCGGUAGAGCAACAGCAACACCAACAGCAACAGCCAGACGAAGAGGACGACGAGGAGGUGGAGGACGGGCUAGUUGUCGAGGAUGUGGAGGAUGUGCUCUACAUGCACGACGAGUUCGAGACGCACAUCGACGCCAAGUCAAACAAUGCCAACGACGACAGCGGCGGCGGCAGCUACGAGGAUUCCCAUGCGCUGCACAGCUCGCUCGGCGGCAGCAAUCGGAAUAGCCUGGAGAAGGACGACGACGACAUCGAGGUGGAUGUGAUUAGCACCGAUGUCAGUUGCUAUGAUCAGCUGCUGGGCAGCAGCUGCAACACGCGCCACGGCGACGACGACGAUCUGGCAACGCUCAUCGGCGACAGCGAUCACCUGGUGAAGGGGCAAAAGGGUCACGCUGCCGCAACAGCAGCAGCUAACGGUGGUGCCGGUGGUGUUGGUAAUGGGUUGGGUAAUGCCGCUGGGCAUGGCGGCAUGGGCGGCAUGGGGGGCGGCGGCGGCGCAGCAGGCAAAUGCGCUUUGGAGCCGGGCUCAAACGUUGGCAAUGGCAAUGGCGGCAUUAUCUAUGCCAAUCCGUUUAUGGAUGACGAGGGCAUUGCGGAAUCGGGCAUGUAAGCUGAACGAUUGAUGAUUGACACGAUAGCCACGCCCACAACUGCAACACCACCUACCCUAACCCACACGCCCACCUGCAACCGAAACGUAGAAGCAAUGCGAUGAAUCCGAUGUGGCAAACUAAAUAAUUAAAUUUUUACUUAAGAUCAACUCGAUAAGUAACGCUUGAUAUUAUGCUAUCGAUAUAGCCCAUAUACAAUAUAUAUAUACAUGCAUACAUACAUAUAUGUAUGUAUGUAAGUAUAUCGUACGACUUGUCUGGAUUGGAGCACUUUUUCUAUAUAUGUAAAUG